ACUUUUCUUCCGUCCAAGUCGAUGACGUGGAGAAGACGUUGGAUCAGUUUCAGCUAUAUUACGGAACUUAUACAGGGUUUAAUUUUUGAUUGUCGUCAGUUUAUUUGUUUAAUAAAUAAUUCUUAAAUCGAUAUGGUAAAAACGUGCUGAUUUGUCAAGAUGACAACGUAUGAAGAAUUUAUUCAACAAAAUGAGGAUCGAGACGGAGUCAGGUUCACUUGGAAUGUAUGGCCAUCUAGCAGACUAGAUGCUACUAGAUUAGUGGUACCAAUUGGUUGCUUAUAUCAACCUUUGAAAGAAAAACCAGAUCUUCCACCCAUCCAGUAUGACCCUGUUAUGUGCACAAGAAGUAAUUGUAGAGCAAUAUUGAACCCACUUUGCCAAGUAGACUAUCGAUCUAAAUUAUGGGUGUGCAAUUUCUGUUUUCAGAGGAAUCCCUUCCCUCCGCAGUAUGCUGCAAUCUCAGAGCAACAUCAACCUGCAGAAUUGAUACCAAACUUUUCAACAAUAGAAUACUCAAUCACGAGAGCUCAUUGUCUACCACCAAUUUUCCUACUAGUAAUUGACACUUGUCUGGAUGAAGAAGAAUUAGGUGCGCUGAAAGAUUCUUUGCAAAUGUCUCUCAGUCUACUGCCGCAAAAUGCUCUCAUAGGAAUCAUCACGUUCGGUAAAAUGGUUCAAGUUCAUGAGUUAGGUUGUGAUGGAUGCGCAAAAAGUUUUGUUUUUCGCGGUACGAAAGACCUCUCCGCCAAACAGCUUCAAAACAUGCUGGGUGUCGGGGUAUAUCGUGAAACUCCUCAGCAGCAGUUCCAGCAGCGCAAUCCGGCACAGCCAAACGGUCCUCCUAGUGUAGCAUCUCCCGCUGGUGCAGCAACAAAUAGAUUUUUACAACCAGUUCACAAAUGUGAUAUGAGUCUAACAGAUCUGUUAGGAGAAAUGCAGCGAGAUCCUUGGCCUGUACCUCAAGGCAAACGCUCAUUACGGGCUACUGGAGUUGCUCUUUCUAUAGCUGUCAGCCUUUUAGAGUGUUGUUAUCCAAACUCUGGAGGACGAAUAAUGCUGUUUGUUGGAGGACCCUGUUCCGAGGGCCCGGGUCAAGUAGUGAAUGAUGAAUUGAAAGACCCAAUCCGAUCUCAUCACGACAUUCAAAAAGACAAUGCGAAGUACAUGAAAAAAGCAAUUAAGCACUAUGAAGGGCUGGCAGUGCGUGCUGCAUCCAAUGGGCAUGCCAUUGACAUUUAUUCUUGUGCCCUCGACCAAACUGGACUCCUGGAAAUGAAGCAAUGUUGCAAUUCUACAGGAGGUCACAUGGUGAUGGGAGAUUCUUUCAAUUCAUCAUUGUUCAAGCAAACAUUCCAAAAAGUCCUAGCAAAGGAUGUGAAGGGCGACUACAAAAUGGCAUUCAAUGGAAUCGUAGAAGUUAAAACUUCCCAGGAAUUGAAAGUUAUGGGAGCAAUUGGAUCCUGUGUUUCUUUGAAUGUGAAGAGUGCUCACGUGUCUGAUACAGAGGUCGGUCUAGGAGGAACUUCACAGUGGAAAUUCUGCACACUGUACCCCAGCACAACUUGUGCAUUUUAUUUUGAAGUAGUUAACCAGCAUACAGCUCCUAUUCCACAAGGAGGUCGCGGCUGUAUUCAGUUCAUCACUCAGUAUCAACAUUCCAGUGGCCAGAAACGAAUUCGAGUCACCACUUUAGCAAGGAAUUGGGCGGAUAUGAAUUCAGGUCUGAUGCACAUCAGUGCUGGAUUUGAUCAAGAGGCAGCAGCAGUUAUCAUGGCUCGCACUGUCGUCAAUAAGGCAGAAACAGAUGAAGGUCCAGACGUCAUGCGCUGGGCUGAUAGAAUGUUAAUUCGAUUGUGUCAGAAAUUUGGACAGUAUUCAAAGGAUGAUCCCAACAGUUUUCGUCUGCCAGAAAAUUUCAGUCUUUUCCCUCAAUUUAUCUAUCACUUGAGACGGUCACAAUUUUUGCAAGUGUUCAAUAAUAGUCCUGAUGAAACCUCGUUCUAUCGGCAUAUUCUUCUUCGCGAAGAUUUGACACAGAGCUUGAUUAUGAUUCAGCCAAUAUUGUACAGUUACUCUCUCGCAGGGCCUCCUGAGCCUGUUUUGUUAGACACCAGCAGUAUUCAGCCUGACAGAAUUUUGCUGAUGGACACAUUCUUCCAAAUUUUAAUUUUCCAUGGCGAGACCAUUGCUCAGUGGCGAGCGCUUAGGUACCAAGAUAUGCCAGAGUAUGAACAUUUUAAACAGUUACUUCAAGCUCCUGUUGAUGAUGCCCUAGAAAUUUUACACAGUCGCUUCCCAAUGCCCAGAUACAUUGACACUGAACAAGGUGGAUCUCAGGCCAGAUUUUUGCUGUCCAAGGUGAAUCCCUCACAGACGCACAAUACUGCUUUUGGUUACGGAGGAGAUGCUGGAGCUCCAGUACUGACAGAUGACGUCAGUCUGCAAGUCUUCAUGGAACACUUGAAAAAGUUAGCAGUCUCUUCAAAUGCUUGAAGUUGAUUUCUUUGAACCAUGAAACUUAACAAUUAAUUACUUAGGGGGCAUCUUGUACACUUCAUGUUUAUCUAAAACCUUUUAAUUAAUUAAUUAAUUACUUAGGGGGCAUCCUGUACACUUCAUGUUUUUCUAAAACCUUUUAUAAAAAAAGUAUGUAAAUAGAAGCUGAGCUUUUCAUCCAUUUUUUACAAUGAACAUAUUUUAAAUAUCAAUUUUGUUUUUAUAUUGCAAUAGUUUGGAGAGAACUAUGCUUUCAUAGUUUAUUUAUGUUUUAUGCAAUAAAAUGUUGGUUAUUUUAUAA